AUGUCAGAGAUAAAUCCUCAAAUCUCUACGGCCGCUGUCGUUGGCUGGCCAAGCGGUGAUACCUUCAAGUACCUGGCCGAGCCAGAUCCCAAGCAGAGCACCCUAACAUUCAAAACAAGAGUCGAUGAGACGGUCUCCCUCUUCGAAAUCUGGGUACCUAUGUAUCUCAAGCUUACCGAUAAGAAAGCACCCAAACUAUCAUCCCUCAUUCUGAGCAUACCGCUCUCCACCAUCGAGACCUUUUCCUUUCAGGUCCUCGCGACAGUCCCCCAACCCGUGAGGGGAAAACACAUCUCCCAAGUCCUUGGCCUCGAUUUUAAGCUCAAUGAGAACAUUACGGUCCUCAUUCCCCUGUACACCAAAGAACAGCCAAUGCAAGGUAAAACGCAGUCCGGUGCUGUCCUCGAUAAUGUUCGUGUAAUAUCACAAAUGACGUCUUUCUCCGUGUACAUCAACCAUACUGCUUCACAUGAGGCUGACCUAAACUCCAUCCGCAACGCAAUGAAUGGGGGCCGUCACCGACUCACUCGCAAGAGACAUCUUGACCUGCAGAGCCUUUAUCAAGGUCAAGGCGCCCAGAUUGCCUGUCUCACUCCCCAGUCGGACGAACUACCUGCUUACGAUGAGGUUCCAUCAUCGUCUUUGGACACAACAACACAGAAGAGAAAAAGACCACGGCGAGAGCUAAUUGACCAUGAGAGAAAGGGUGGUUACGUUGGAAAAGGAAAGACACGACUGGAAAAAGCCCUCGAUGACCAAAAACGAGGACCAGGGCCAGGUGUAAGCAUGGCUGCAUCGGCAGGCCAGACGGUUGAGAAGGGAAUUAAAACAGCACAAAAGGAGAUAAAGGAUCUGCGAAGGAGAAUCAAGACAGCAGAACAGGAGAUUGAAGCUCUCCAACGACAAAACGACAACAUCGACUUCGAAGGCUACGACGCAAAGCUCUGGGAGGUACAACAGGAGGUAAAAGAGCUCGAUGAAACGUGCUCAGGUAUCAACGACAACAUGGUCACUCAAGAGAACUUGAGGGACUUUGGAGAGGACCUUAGACAAGAUAUCGGGAGAAGGAUAUCGGGCGAUGACUAUUGA